GAUAAGCGUUUCGGGAAAAACGGCCGCAGCGCAGCGUGGUCGGGGUUCGCCGCAUUUUGGCCGCGCGCCUUUAACUCGGCGUGACCUCCGCGUCCCGGGCUGGCGUCCCGGGCUCCGCGCCUCGGCCGGGGCGGCGCAUCGCCCCCUCCUCCCCUCCCGCGCAUUGUUGUCCUUUAGCGAUUGGUUGUUGGACCAGAAACAGCUGUGCAGAGGCGAGCGGUGUAAAGGGGCUGUGGAUCUGAAUGCAGGUUAUCGGGCUGGUAGUGACUGACACCGGGUGCUCCGGGGAGAGGAAGGAAGAGCCGGAGCCGCCUCCACUGCGUUCUCCAGGCGGCGUGGACCAGGUGCCCGGGCGUUUGCGGCUGUCGGAGGGGCUCCGAGUGGCGCCCCCUCCCCCGGCUCUAGCUGACUUCGGGUUGGCGCAGGUGGGCGAGGCAGGGCACCGCCGAACGCCCUAUUCCCACCGAGGGAUUUCUCUCCCUUUCUUCGAGGGGGAGGCGCCAUCCUGAAAAUAUGUAAAUAUCCAAGCGCGGACUCCAGGCUGGGGCACCAGCCAAGGUCCCAGCGCCGCCUCAGGGUGUUUUACAUGAAAAUGAGAAGCCUGACAGGAUCCGUGCUCUAACUUAAGGCUGCUUGGUGAUUAGCACGAGGCUGGGCGGCUUCCCGGCUUCCUGCCCUUCAGUAGCCAUUCUGCGCGCUCGCGGCUGAGCGGCGGUGCCACCAUGCGGGUGUCGGUCGGCAGGCUCCGCAUCCUUGGCAGCCAUGGCUUACGUCGCCGCCUCGGCCAGUAAGUAGGAGCAUGCAUGUGUAGGGGGGCACAUGCGUGUCGGCGCGCGCGCGCGCACACACAUACACACACACACACGCAUGCACGCACACCACCCUGAGCCUCGGAAGGAGGAAGAUCGACUAGGCGCCGCAGUCGUGAGGACGACUCGGGCUCUUCCUGGAUUCGGCAGGAGCCUGCCUGCUGCAGCUGCUGACUGCAGAGCCUGCUCGGAUCCCGUGCACACGCGCCCCCCAUCCGAGCCUCUGUAAUGAAGAUUGCCUCCCAAGGACUGCAGGGGAGGCAGAGCCACUCUGCGCCCGGGACUGCGGGCCGCGCGGCUGAUAGGCCCAGGGGGACACGACUUGGACACUGUCAUCCCCACGCCUCGCUCUGAGCUGCACAGUGCGGAGAGGGUCUGUCGCCGCCCCUCCGGCUUCCCGGGCGCCCGAUCCCGGGUCAGCCCCGGAGGCCUCGGCUUCCUCAUUUGUUUGGGUCUUUUGUGCCGUGGCUCACAGUUGGCUAAACACUCCUGCGCUGAAUCGGGCCAUUGUCUGCGCUCCCAUUGCUUUCACGCUGCAAGUCUCGGCGCCCCCACCCCACCCGCCCCCUCCCCGCCUCCUCCUGGCCGGCGAGCCUCCUAACGUGCCUUUCCCCCCAGGAAUCUGGAAGCUAUAAGCCGGGCGGAUUGCAAAUGAAGUGUAAUGCAUUGUGGGACGUGUGUAAAAUCGGAGCCUUCGCCGUGGGGGGGUGUGGGGGCGUGGGGAGGGCCGGACCCGCCGCUGGCGGUGUAGACGCCGACGAGGAGGGGCUGGGAAAAUGCGCGCAGAGUCCGCCCGGGUCGUGCCCGCCGUAGACGGAUGAAGCCGCGCGCUGCGCCCCGGCGCUGAGGCCCCGAGGAUCGGGGCAGCAGGUCGCCCUCCCCACCAUGAAGAAGACCCGGAGCACAACCUUGCGGCGAGCCUGGCCUAGCUCGGAUUUCUCCGACCGGGCCUCGGACCGCAUGAGGUCCCGCAGCGAGAAGGACUACCGCCUGCACAAGCGCUUCCCCGCGGCCUUCGCGCCCCAGGCUUCGCGGGGCUACAUGACAUCAGGUGAUGUAUCACCAAUCAGUAUGUCUCCCAUCAGUCAAUCUCAGUUUAUCCCACUCGGGGAAAUCCUUUGCUUGGCCAUCUCCGCAAUGAACUCGGCGAGAAAACCUGUCACCCAAGAAGCACUGAUGGAGCACCUGACCACCUGUUUCCCAGGUGUUCCCACCCCAAGCCAGGAGAUCCUCCGGCACACGCUGAACACACUGGUACGGGAGAGGAAGAUCUACCCGACUCCAGACGGCUAUUUCAUCGUCACCCCACAGACUUAUUUCAUAACUCCUUCCCUCAUAAGAACUAACAGCAAAUGGUACCAUUUGGACGAGAGGAUACCUGACAGGUCUCAGUGUACCUCUCCGCAGCCCGGAACCAUCACGCCCUCUGCCUCCGGCUGCGUCAGGGAAAGAACGUUGCCCAGGAACCACUGCGACUCUUGCCACUGCUGCAGGGAAGACGUGCUCGGCGUGCACGCGUCCACGCUGCAGAGGAAGCCGGCCAAGGACUGCAAAGACCCGUACUGCCCCCCCGCCCUCUGCCAGGUGCCGCCCACCGAAAAGAGCAAAAGUACUGUCAACUUCUCGUAUAAGACGGAAACUCUCUCCAAACCUAAAGACAGUGAAAAACAGUCCAAAAAAUUCGGGCUCAAGUUAUUCCGGCUAAGUUUUAAAAAAGACAAGACCAAACAGCUAGCCAAUUUUUCCGCCCAGUUUCCUCCCGAAGAGUGGCCCCUGCGAGAUGAGGACACGCCGACCACCAUCCCUCGGGAAGUGGAAAUGGAGAUCAUUCGGCGCAUUAACCCGGACUUGACCGUGGAAAAUGUCAUGAGGCACACUGCACUAAUGAAGAAACUUGAAGAAGAGAAAGCGCAUAGGAGUAAAGCUGGGUCCUCCGCUCAUCACAGCGGAAGAAGUAAAAAGAGUAGGACUCAUCGCAAGUCCCACGGAAAGUCUCGGUCGCACAGCAAGACGCGAGUGUCCAAGGGAGACCCAUCGGAUGGUUCCCAUCUGGAUAUCCCUGGUGAAAGGGAAUAUGACUUUUGCGAUCCUCUUACCAGGGCGCCCCGGGAGGGCUGCUUCAUCAUUGAACACAAAGGGGAUAACUUCAUCAUGCAUAGCAACGCCAAUGUGAUUGAGUCUCAUUUCCCCAUGACUCCGGAAUGGGAUGUGUCUGGGGAACUGGCCAAAAGGAGAACUGAGAUGCCUUUUCCCGAGCCUUCCAGGGGAAGCUCCCACUCAAAAGUGCACCGAAGCCACAGCCAUACCCAGGACCGGAGGUCCAGAAAUGAGAGAUCCAACAAGGCCAAGGAGAGGUCCAGGUCUAUGGACAACUCCAAAGGCCCUCUGGGUGCUUCUUCUCUGGGGACGCCUGAAGACCUGGCUGAAGGCUGUAGUCAAGAUGACCAAACCCCUAGCCAGUCCUACAUUGACGACAGUACUUUAAGACCUUCACAGGCUGUCAGUCAUCAAAGAGCUCACAUUUCGUCCACAAGCUACAAAGAGGUGUGUAUUCCAGAGAUCAUCAGUGGCAGCAAGGAACCCUCCAGCACUUGCAGCCUCUUGGAGCCAGGCAAACCACCCGAGAGUUUGCCAUCCUACGGUGAACUCAAUUCUUGUCCGACAAAAACAGCCACGGAUGACUAUUUCCAGUGCAACACCUCCAGUGAGACAGUGCUCACGGCGCCGUCGCCUCUGGGAAAGAACAAAGAGGACCAUGACACUCUGACCGUGGCAGAAGGGGUGAAAAAGCUGCCUCUGUCUGACAGGCAGACCCCACAUUCCUCCCGGGAGCCCGUAGGGCACAAGGAGGAGUCGCCAAAGGGGCCAGGCGGGGGCCCAGCUGCUUCUGGCACCGUGGCUGAAGGGAUUGCCAACGGACGCCUCGUCCAGCAUCACGGCGCCGAGCCCAGCAGCCUGGACAAGAGGAAAGAGAUAUUUAGCAAAGACACACUGUUCAAACCUCUUCACAGCACCUUGUCUGUAAACAGCUAUCACAAAUCGAGCCUGUCUCUCCUCAAAUCUCACCCGAAGACACCUGCGGACACACUGCCAGGCCGGUGUGAGAAACUGGAGCCGUCCCUGGGGACCUCGGCCCCGCAAGCCAUGCCGGCUUCCCAGCGUCAGCAGGAUUCAGGGGGGAACCAGGAGGCCUCUUUUGACUAUUACAACGUCUCUGAUGACGACGAGUCUGAGGAAGGGGCAAACAAGAACGCGGAGGAGGAGAAAAACAGAGAUGACGUGGGCACCAUGCAGUGGCUUCUGGAGAGGGAGAAGGAAAGAGACUUGCAGAGGAAAUUUGAGAAGAAUCUCACCCUCCUCGCCCCAAAGGAAACCGACAGCGGCAGCAACCAGAGGGCCACCCACUCGGCACGCCUGGACAGCAUGGACAGCAGCAGCAUCACGGUGGACAGUGGAUUCAACUCCCCACGCACUCGGGAGAGCCUGGCCUCCAACACGUCAAGCAUCGUUGAAAGUAACCGUCGUCAGAACCCUGCCUGGAGCCCAGCCCACGGCGGAGCUGGCCCCGCCUUCAGUUUCCGAGCAAGUACGGACCCCCCCCCAAGUGAAGCUGAGAAGUUACAGAAACCUUCCAACUGCUUGCAAGCUUCUGUUACUAGUGUGUGAUAGUCGUUCUGCCUCAGAUCUCCUGUCUCGUUCGAUACAGCCAAGUUUACGACACUGGGACUGAUGUUUACAUCUUCGGAAAGACAAGCAUCUCAACCACAGUUUUUGUGUUGAACUUAAACUGUGCUGCUAAGUAGGCUAGGGCAAAACAACAACAGAAAAAUCUUUAUUUCAGAGUAUCGCUUUUCACGUUUAUGGCUCUGUAGCAACAAGAAUAGCAGUAGGGGUGAUAUGUAUACUUUUGCUUCACUAAUUGUAACUGAGCACACAUAGGAAAGUCUAGACACUGUACGUGUGAUAUGCAUUUUCGAUGUCAUACAAUUGCCAAGUCUGUUUGAAAAUGCCACAGAUGCGUGUUGCUCCCAGUCUGUGGCCACAUGGUGCCACAGAACUGAUCCUUAACACUUCCAAAAACAAACAAAAAAACAAAGCCACCACAAAAUGUCAAAUGCGAGGGUCCACCCUGAGGGAAUUCGAUGCCAAACUGACAAGAAGGGACCCCCCAGCCCUUUGUGUGUGAACCGUUCAGGCGCCAGUCAUUCUGCACUGUGAGUUUUCAUGACACGACUUUGUAGGAGCCCGUGGAAGUGUAUCAGAAGGGGUCGUGAUCCAAAUCCUGGGAGUGUUUGUUGUCAGGAUUUUGUUUUGUAACUGUCACAGAUGCUUGUCUGAAUUUUUUUUAUCCUUCCGUAAUCCCAAACAGGAAUAUAGGCCUUUGAAUCUGAAAUGGACAAAGGAAGGACCCCCCCCCCCGCCCCAGCUUGGCUGGGGCACAGCACUCAGUGAUGGGAGAGGUAAUGCGAUGUUUAAAAGGUGUCAAUCAAAUAUUAAAGGAAAGUCAUUUCCUCCUUGUGAUACUUAUGAUAAUCUAUCUUACUAUCAUAGAUAACGAUAAUUAGUUUGUUUAAAAGCAAAAUGUUCUUUGUGACACAAAUGAAGACUGUGGCCUGGGACGUUAUUCUUUCUAAUGGAAGGACAUAAAUCUAUUUUAUGUAGUUUUAAAUAGAAUGCCUAAAUUAGGCUAUGGGAGAUAAUUUUUAGUGGUUAUAGGAAAGAGCAAAUUUAGGGAGAGUUGAACUUCAGGCCUUUUAUUCCUGGGAAGAUAUCUAUAGAGAAAACUUUAAAAUAAUUUUUGAUUAGAAAUACACAUGUGCCCAUGUAAUUAACAACAGAAUGUGAUCAUUCUGCAAGUGUAGUGUAAUCCUAACUUGUACACCCCUAAAAUUUAUCAGAAUAACAAUUAUGCAUACAUGAACUAUGCCAGAGUAAUGUUUACAAAUACUUUGUAACCAGUUUCAGGAGGCAUUUUUAGGCGGAUGUAUAGUUUUUAGCCCAGCUUACUUCAAAAUGGUUUGUUAACAUUUUGCUUCGGUUUCCGAUGUUAUGUUGAAUACAAAGAAGUUUCUUAGCAGCAAAGGGAUUAUGAAUAAUCAAGAUUCAGUCUGCUAGGAAAGAGAGAUUUCAAAGUUCCCAUGUCCUAUUUUAUGAGAAUGAUGGAAUAAAUCUGUAGCUGAUGGAAAAUUAUUCUCCAAAGGGUUACAUGCAACACAAGUAAACGGUCUGACAAGAAGUUUUAUUUAUUUAGUUGAGUGGCAUGUGAUGUUUGGAGCCAUAAAACAGAAAAUAAAGAUCCAAAAAUAAAUCUAAAAUAUUUUCACCUCAGAUUUCAGGAAUUGGCAUAAAAUUUGUAAACCACUUCUGCUUUGGUAUUAGGUUGAAUCACUAGCAGUCUGUUUCAAGAGUGGUGUCCUGUACACAGUGGGACUGAGUCUUGAAACAUUUGGGUAGUCCCUCAUACUUCUUCAGCCGUUUGGAAGUUUUGUUGGGUCAAACAGGACUCGUCAAGUUUAGGAAAGAUUCCUUUUCUGUGCUCGUAGUGAAACGUAAGCCCAUUUCUUGGUUAACUCUCACAUCACUAAAAUGCUUAAGCAGUUGACUUUCCAUCUCAUGCCGGAUUUCCUCCAAGGCAUGCCCUGAUUGCUCAGAAACGCUCUGUCUCAUGGCUUUACUGUGUCCAGAAGGAAUGAUCAUGUAUCUGUUUCUUUGGAGAGUUGUAUACCAUAGAGUUACUAAAUUUUUCCAUCUAAAUUUUUUCCCCCAAAACCUACCCUCACAUAUGUGUCAUUCUAGAGUUCAUAAAUAUUUUAACCAUCAAAACAAUACAUCAGCCUCUAGUCAACCCUCCUCAAGCAGCCAUUAUAAUAAUCAAAUACUGUGUGAACAGGAAAGGAAAGCAUUACCUUUAAGAGAAGCUUUAAAAUAGGAACCUAUCGAUAUUUCACAAGACGUAGGUUUACAGAAGACGUUAUUCGAAUAAAAUGUGUAAGCUCUUUGCCUGAUGCUAUGGGAUACAUGAUUUAAAGAAAAAAGAAAACAAAACAAAACUCCCUUAGACCAGCAGCCGUUAGCAUAGAAACGAUGGACUUUAAAGAGGGUAUGAUGUAAGCAGACGUUCCAAGUAGAGAUAUGCCCAUCGGAAUCGAAUCGGGAUUGUUGAAUGGGGGACAAGAGGGGGCGGGAAGCACAUGAUGCAUAUGACCCAAGAUGGUCCGCAGUGAUGUCCUCAGUGACCAAACCCUUGGGCCCGCUCCAGGCUUUGCCAGCACCCUUUUCCUCCAGUGAGGCGACAGCUCUGUGUCCCACGCUGCUCCUCUAGACUUCACUUCGAGUUUAUCGACUGAAAGGUUUACAGAACUGAAUCUGGUUGAAUCUCGGUGUAGCGUUCAACUUUAAAGGGUCAACACAUCUGUCGGCAUUUUGCACACUUAUGUAUUAUUAUGAUACAGCAUAUUACUUUAUGGUAAUUUUUUUUUGACAUAGAACUACCUCCAUAAAUUUGAUGAAGCGGCAGCAGCGCGUUCAAGUGUAUUGUUCAGAAGAGCCAAGUUGAAAAACUUGCUGACACGUUAGGCCGUGGUGUUGUCUGUGUGUCAGUGAUUGCCUGUGUGGACUCGUGACUGUCCCAUCGCCAUGGUUUGCUUUAACGGCAUUAUUUCACUCUCAGACGUCAACCUGUCUCCCCUCUUCCAGCCCCCGCAAAGCCCCCUUGACUUUGUGAUGAAUGAGAGGAAGUUUCCAUUUCCUGGCUUCCCGCCCCCACCCUGUUCCUGCUAAGAGUUCUCUCUGGCAAAGAGCCAAUUGGUAAACAUAAUUUAGCCAGCUAUUUACUCCUAUACAAAUCUGAUUGGAAGUCCAGGUUUUCGGUCACAAGACACCCGAGAAAUUUGGACUGCCAACUUUGAAGCAUUUGAGCCCUCUCUGCCUUCUCAUUUGCAUGCGACCAUAUUGAGCCCAGGCAUCAUUUGAAUUCAAAGAGCUGUGCCAUGCAUUCACAACUUCUGUUCCAUAAUUUUGGACUUCAUUUUAUAUAUUUUGCACAUCUCAGGGGAUCUUCAUGAGCAUAUGAAAAGGGGUGGGGGUGCCGUCAAAUAGAGAAAACAAAUAGAAAAGCUAAAAGAGGGCUAGCUGGAUAAAAAUAACAAAUGACUGCUUCUCUGACGUGAAGUUCAAGUUCAGGAGGCAUAAAUUAAAAGUUAAUCUGGAGGAAAAAUGAUCUGAACACCAGCUGUUCCCAAACCUCCCUUUUUCACCACCCAACCAGCAUUUCUAAAAAAUAAAUUUAAAUUAUAUUAUAGUCACCGUGGGGAGAAAAAAAAACCUGUUCAGUGAUAACGAAAGCUUUUUUUUUUUGAGGUUGGCACAGCUUUGUAAAAUUCUACCCAGGAUGAACCACUUAUCACCACAAAGUGUACUUGAAAAUAAAGUUUUUAAACUUAAAUUAUAAGCAUAUUGCUCACAAUACAAUAGGGAUCAUAUUUUGGAAACUCACCAUGUGUAUAACACGGGCAGUAUUUGGAGCUUGAUUAAAAACCAACAACAACCUGUGAUGACUUCGCAAAUUUGUUUUGGGAUCUCAAAGUGCUUCCAAAGCGUUUGGAUUCAUGAUUAACAAAACAGGUCAUAUUUGUAAAACCCAUACUUGAAAUGAAGAAGGAAGGAGUGACAUAAGAUUACCCAGAAACACAGCGGCAGCUACCAGUGGUCUAUUUUCUAUGUUUGAUAGACCAUCACGAGAAAUCACGAAAUACAAUGCCAUUUUUCUGAUGUGUGCUAAUAAAGUCAAAGAAAACGGAUACAACUUGACACCUUUGUCCAUUUUCAUUCAAAAAGUUCAGGGUGUUGGGUAUUUUACAAAAUCCACCCGAAUGCCAUUGCGGUCCAAGGUCCAUCUGGACGUACACCCUUGUUUACAGUUUCAUAUCAGGCUUCUCUAAAUCCUGUGCUCAAAUACCGUCUUUCAGGAACACGACUGCUCCCUGCAGUGGAAGGUGCUGAAACAGAAAUUUUCAUUAAAAACUUUAGCAAGUACUCUUCACCGUGCUGCUUAGCACAACAGGAAUUCAGUACUAUAUAAUAUUGAGCCCUCCUUGGAAGAAUCUAGAUUUCCCAGGGAAGCUGAUCUAGUUCUAAGUGUUUUUUCCUCGAAUUAGGAGAUAAAAGAUCCUGGAUGGGGACCUUCUCCGUUAUCACAGGCCAGUCACAGAACCAGUUAGCAGCACGCUGUCAGGCGACAGUGGACCCCAGCAGAAGUGAUCCCUUCUCCUCCCUCCUUGCCACCAGCACCGGCCCCUCCCGACCACACUCUUCUGUCCGUGAGCAGAUUUCUGCACACACUUAGGGCUUGAAGAAGCUAGAACACAGGAAAGAUGAAUGCGAAAGCCAUGGGAAAUACUGCUUUGCUCUGGGUUAGUAAAAUACGGGCAGGAUAGAGAUUACCAUCAGUCUGAUCCUUGCCAAGUAAGACAAAAGAAUCAGCUGUCACUCUGUCAGCUCUCCCAGAAGGUUUUACUAGUAUUAAGGAUACAUCCAAUAUUUUCCCAUAGAUUUUUAUUUAGGAUACAUUUCAUAAAUUAUAUGUAUGAGAGAAUUCGUCAUUAGAUUUCCUGGUGUGUGGGAAAUAGACAUUGGCUUCUCCCUGAUGGAGUUAAUCUCGUCAUCUUUUGCGGCAGCAUCCCAGAGAGGGAUUCCCCAGCGAUUGCUCUGCCAACACAGAAUCCUGUGUUUUUACAGUUGUUCUAGGACUUACAGUUGCUGAUUUGCAAGGUUCAGAAUUCUACAAGGCUCAAGGGGGACUAAACCUUCUUCUGAUGGUUGUAUAUUAUCAGCUCCAGGGCUUUCUUUGCUUGUUGCUGGCUUCAGAUGUGAACACACACACACACACACACACACACACACACACACCCCUGCUAACAAGGGAAGGGAUGUUCCCCAGGUGAGGCAGCGAUGACUCUGGAAGCCAAUGUAAGGUUGGAAGCUUGGUUGGUCCACAGACAGCUGCCUCCCUUUCUGUCAAAAGGCUGGUUUUGGCAUGCCUGUUCCCUUGCACCCACCAAAAAGAGAUACCAGAUCUGAGAUCUGAGAUUUCCUCCAACACGAAUCCUCUGCAGUUCCAGGAAAUUCAUCUUGCAGUACACACAGCUCCUCGCCUGCUUUUCCUCCCAGGUCCCGCCUCCCUGCCUCCCCAUUCCCCAACUUAGAUCCCCAUGCACCGCCGUGGUUUCCACAUUGGAAGGGCAAAGCCGUGUGUGGUAUUGUGCACACAGGAUGGGUUAGGACCAGCGCUGCCCUAGAGUCACCUUCAUGUAAGUUACUGACAGCUGCAAAUUAAGGUCCUUAGAGUAGCUGACAUAGGUACAACUUCCUAGAAGAGAAUUAAAUUCCAGCGUUCAGUUUAAAGGGAUCAUAAUUCUGCAGGUAUCUUUCUCUGAGUGACUGAAUGUGACUAUUGCAUUAGGGUAAAUGAAUUAAGAAGUGCAAGUGGGAUUUACUGUAUGUUAGGAAGGAGUUUUGCAGCCAAGACUGCCUUGAAUAAAAUGUGUUUGCACUGAAAAAAAAAUUUUAAAUUACUUGGUCUCUGGUUGCUGUAAAGGUCAUCCAAGAUGGAUGUUCUGUUUAUAUUGUAUAGUAUUUCAUAUGAAAUAAUUACAGUUCAUGAAAUGUCUUCCCUAAUGUUACUGAUUUAUAACAGCACAUUUGUAACAUGGUUUUUAUCGUGUCAGUGUACCAUAUUGUAAAUGAUGAUUACUUGUCAUGCUUAGUAUAAUAACUUAAAAGAAAAAAAAGCACAGGGAUUUUUGUAAGUCUAUAUUUGAAAGUCCCUCCAUAUGGUAAUAUUGUGUUCAUGUUGUUUAUGUAGUGUUGUGUGAAAUAUCCAUUUUGGAUUGUGUUACUUUUUAAGAUAUUAAAUAACAUUUGGUUAUA